CGGGCUCGCUUCCGGCGGGCUGUGUGCGCGCCGCGGGCGCUGGAGCGUUCUGCGUGGUUGUGCCGCCCGCCUCGGCCUGGUUUUCGCCGCCGCCGGAGUUUGAGGUUCCUGCCAGGUCCUGGCUGCGGCGGGAAGCAAUGCUUCCCGGCCCGCUUCGGCUUUGAUGCGAGAGGAGCAUCCUAGACUCCUUUCCGCGUUCUGAAGGCGCUGAGCCGGGGCAGCCAUGUCCACGGGGUUCUCCUUCGGGACCGGCACGCUAGGUUCCACCACCGUAGCCGCCGGCGGGACUGGCACAGGCGGCGGUUUCUCCUUCGGAACCGGGGCGUCUAGUAACCCUUCUGUGGGCCUCAAUUUUGGAACUCUUGGAAGCACCUCGACUCCAGCAACUACCUCUGCUCCUUCAGGUGGUUUUGGAACUGGGCUCUUUGGAUCUAAGCCUGCCACUGGAUUCACUCUAGGAGGAACAAAUACAGGAACUCCAGCCACUACAUCUGCAUCUACAACAGGUUUCAGUUUAGGAUUCAGUAAACCUGCAGCAUCUGCCACACCAUUUGCUUUGCCUAUUACUUCUACCUCAGCUAGUGGUCUUACCCUUUCAUCUGCUCUGACAUCAACUCCAGCAGCAUCCACAGGAUUUACUCUUAAUAAUUUGGGUGGAACGACAGCCACAACUACGACUGCAUCAACAGGCCUUUCUUUAGGGGGAGCCUUAGCUGGUUUGGGAGGUUCGCUUUUCCAGAGUACAAACACAGCAACAUCAGGUCUUGGACAGAAUGCUUUAAGCUUGGCUUUGGGAACCACAGCAGCUACUUCAACUACAGGCAAUGAAGGCCUUGGUGGUAUAGAUUUUAGUAGUUCAUCAGAUAAAAAGAGUGAUAAAACGGGAACAAGACCAGAGGACAGUAAAGCCCUGAAGGAUGAAAAUCUACCUCCUGUCAUCUGCCAGGAUGUUGAAAAUCUCCAGAAAUUUGUGAAGGAACAAAAACAGGUCCAAGAAGAAAUUAGUAGAAUGUCUUCAAAAGCAAUGCUUAAAGUACAAGAAGAUAUUAAAGCUCUAAAGCAGCUUCUGUCAUUGGCUGCCAGUGGAUUACAGAGAAACACUCUCAAUAUUGACAAAUUGAAAAUAGAAACUGCUCAGGAGUUAAAGAAUGCUGAAAUAGCUUUAAGAACCCAGAAAACACCACCUGGACUCCAACAUGAAAAUGCAGCUCCUGCUGACUACUUCAGAAUCUUGGUUCAGCAGUUUGAGGUACAGCUUCAGCAAUACAGACAGCAGAUUGAAGAACUAGAAAACCAUCUUGCCACUCAAGCAAAUAAUUCACACAUAGCUCCUCAAGAUUUGUCAAUGGCUAUGCAGAAAAUUUAUCAGACAUUUGUAGCUUUAGCUGCACAACUUCAGUCUAUUCAUGAAAAUGUAAAGGUGCUCAAGGAACAGUACCUUGGCUACAGAAAGAUGUUCUUGGGGGAUGCUGUAGAUGUGUUUGAAGCCAGGCGAGCAGAAGUCAAGAAGUGGCAGAAUGCCCCCCGAGUUACUACUGGACCCACCCCUUUCAGCACCAUUCCAAAUGCAGCAGCUGUAGCCAUGGCUGCAACACUUACACAGCAGCAACAGCCUGCUACAGUGAUUACAGAAUACUGACAUUCAGGAUGAAGUGUGUUUUUAUUGACUCAAGGUGUGUUGAAGGCCAAUAGUUUUGUUUGUAUGUAUAAUGAUAAGAAAGAAUACAGGCCUUCUAAAUCAAAUUUGGAAGAAAGUAUAUGCUAGACUUGUUUGUACCUUUUCAAAAUGAACAAAGAAAAAGCAAGAGCAGGAAAAAGAUGUUUCGAGAUGCUCUGUAUUGCACAUUAAGAAAUGUGAAUAGAAAGUUGAGCAGAUAUAAGUCAUUGGUGAGAUACUGGAAUGUAGAUUAUUUUAGUCCUUGGUAUAAUUCCACUUGUUACGAGAGAAUCGUAUUUGUGGUCAGUUCUGCAGUGUUCAGUUUGGUCCUGUGUCUUUCGGAGAUUGCUACUUGUCUUUUCUCCUGCAGUUCCUUUUUUGGUAGGCUUGAAGUUCAAUAUAGAAAAAUAUAGUCUUAAUGGAUAUUGACUUUUUUUUUUACUCAUUCAUACAUUUUUUAGUAAUGCCUACUAUUCUGUAGCAUGUAUCCUUCUGAGAGUUUCAUAUAGUCCAGGAAUAAAUUAUAGUACAAGAUAAGUAAAAAAAAAAACCAAAAAACGUAGAUUGCAUUCAUGCUGCCUCUACAGGGAAGCAUUCUCUGUUUCUCAUUAUUGGCAGUUUAAAAAAUUGUUCUUCACAUUUGGAGAUGACAGAAUUGACUUCUCAUCAGUAAACAGCUGCUGAUGGAUUUACGCCAAGUCCUCUGCAUUCCAUGGCUGGACCCAUGUGAAUAGUGGCUCACAGGAGCACUGUAUAGUAGUUCUCUAGCUGGCUGGAAGGUAGGGUUGUAUUCUCAAAUUAUGGAGAAAAAAGUCAUUUUGGGAUUGAAUCCCUAUCCCAUAAUUAGGAUCCUAACUUCUCAUGAUUCUUUAACCAAUUAAUCAGACCAACCAUAGUCCCAAUUUACUUUUUAGAACCAAUAUCAGUCCUAAAAUAGAUCAGAUAAGCAUAGGUUUGGGUAAGUGUUCCUUGCACAUAAAGGAUUUCCAUUCUAAGUUAGAGAGGUUUGUAGGUUUUCACUCAUACAUUUUGGGCUUAUGAAUAUAUGAAGAUAUAUGUUCAUUUCUCUAAAUAUGAGUGCCUAUUAUGUGCUAGGUUCUGGCAGUAUUAUAGGUAUGGUCUUUGCUUUCUGUGGUGAUGGCGAAUAUAGCUUAAUUUAGAGUAAUCAUGUUGAGGAGCCUUUUUCUCAUUUGCUUUAAUUUUGUGACUUUUGUCAGACUUUGGGGGAACUGGCUGUUUUCUCUGUUCCCUGCAGUUUUGAAACCCACAUAAGAUUUUUUAAUCAGGUGGUAGGGAUUGCAAUUUAUCAACCUAAAAAGUCUUGCAGUGUUUUCAUUUUGAGUUGUAUGAAUUUUUAGAACUGAGAAGCUGAACAAUCAUAACAGUUUUUCAUUUUGUCUUCUCUUUUCCCCUUUGGUUUUUUUAAAGAUCUACCAGGCUCCAUAGUCCAUUCUUUUAUGAUUUCUCCCCAUUUAGAUGUUAGUUAUUUUAGUCAUGCCACCACUGUAGCAAGAUUUAUGUAGUCUGUUAGAUUUGUAUUUAUUUUACACCCUGUUUAGAAACAACUCUAUUAAUUACAUUAUGCAAAUGACUUAUUCCUUAUGUCCUAUGACUUCGAUGAAAUCUUUUUAAAUACCAGUAACAGAUUUUAAAAAUGAUCUAGAUGAAGCUAGGUAAAGCUUGUGUGCUAUUUUUAUAUAUCACUGUUGAUCUGUACAAGAUUUGAGUUGUUAGAGGCAGUUUGCUUUUAUUUGCAUAUGGAAUCUUGACUUCAUUAAUGUAAAAAAGCAGCUAGCUUCUUGGGCUACUACCUUCUGAAGGUGGUGUGUGGUCUUUCUUGGAUGUGGAGGUAUGCACUUAAGUGACUUCUUGAUCAUUCUUCGAUGUUUUUUAAUGAAGAUGUAAUAGGACAGACUUGUGUGAUUUAUGCUUAUUGCUUCUGAAGUCUGAAGAGAAUUGUUGAAAAACCAGCAGGCUAUUUAUGUAUGAAAUAAGCAUGAAUACAUGGGUAAAUUACAUGUUGGUAGAGCUUGAGUACACUUUUCCACCCACCAGUAUUUCUGAAGCCUCUUUAAAAGCUUAAAAUUUACAUUAGGCUUUUUCAGUAUAAUUUUAACUUAGGGUAGAUCGUUUUAAGCUAAUGUGCUGGGGUUAAGUUUUGCUGUUGUGUUUUGACACUUUUAAAAGUUCUUGAUGUUUACAUAAAUAAGACUUUUCUCAUGUGACUUAGCUGCUGUUUUCAAGGAGUACUGAGAUGUUUUGGUAGGAAUUCCUACUUUCCAGCUUUUAGUGUAGGUUUGGACAUUUAAGAUGUAGUGUUAAAUAGGAAACUAAGUAUUUUGUUUUAGUUUCCUGUGGUUUUAUGAUUUUUUGUUGUAUUUAAUAACCAAAGGAACAUUCCCCAUUAAAUCAGUAAGGGAAGUUUUUCAAAUUGGGGAAAAGGCAUUUUUUGUUUUUUUAAGAAAUACUAUUAUUUUAAGAUAUGACUUAUUUUAGAAUAUGACCAAACUAAUUACAUUAGCUAUUUUUGAGUGGUCUGAAAAUUAUUAAAAAUUUUAGCACUUUAGUUCUUUUCCUGUGAAUGCAAUUUUACUUUUUAAAGGGUAGAACUUAUUCUGGAAAAUAUGAAUUAACAGUAUUAAAUUGAUUUUGUUGUGUGUGAGUAUAUUAUACCGUAACUUUUGUAAAAUGUUACUCUACAUGAAGAUUUCACUUUGGGCGAUCAUUGGAAUAUAUUACUACUAACUUGGUUUUGUUUAUGGCACUAAAGAGCCUCUCAUUGAAUGAGUAUUCAGAUUUCGAAACGGACUUCUUGAAUUGUUUACGUAACUUUUGCCUGAAGGAUUUAGAUUCUGCUUUCUAAUAGUGAAACUAAUUUAUAUGCUGGCCAGAGUAUAAUAUAUAUGCUAAUACUUUGGCAUGGGAGAUAUUUAUUAUGAGUCUUUAACUAUUAAAAAUGUUAUACAUUUGCCUACUAGUUUUAUAAAUAAUGUUGCCUUCAGAAUUUGUGUGAAGGUACAAAACUCAAAAUAUCAUGUACCUGUUGUGCAAUGGAAAGUCUUGUCAUCAUUAGAGUUCUUCAUUACCUACAUCCUGAAUAUCGAUGAUUAGAGUUGCUCUUAAAAAUAGACCCUGUCUCAAUAAAAAGCAUGCUAUUUGAGUAACUCUUAUGACUUGUAGGACUGAGGGCUGUGGUGUGCAUUAUUCUCUAGGGUCUUCCACCAGCAGUGCCUCCUAUUAAUAUGUGACACUUAAGUCUCUCAGUGUUAAAGAAACUGGACAUGUGUUUUCUACAUAGUAUUUUUGUUAGAAAUAAGAAAUUAAUAUGCUUAGUUUCUUUUUCCUGUAGUAACAUUUUACAAAAGAGCUGCUUGUCAAGUAUUUUAGUCUCAAAUUGAUCUCAAACUGGGUGUAAAAAUUUUAAUCUUUUUUAAAUUUAUUUUUUAAUAGUAGUAUGAGAACUCUGGCUGCUGUUAGUUCUUAUUCUUUGUUUUCUGGGUGGAAGCUAUUUGAAAAGUCCAGUUUUUGUCCCAGUGUAGCAAAAUGUAGUUCUUCAGGUUUUUUUUUAAUGCUUUAUAAUUUACACUACCUUUUGAAUAUACAAACCUCAUUCAUUGAACAACUUGAAGGCUUUGAAUUCUUUGAAAAUUUUAAAUUUCAAUCUGUAUAUUACUUUGGCAGAUCCCCCAACUUUGAGAUGCACUGAUCACUGUGCUUGAAAAAGACAAGACUGAAGAUUGUACUAUGAAAUUUAUUGAAUAGUUUUCAUAAAUUAUUUAUCAAAUGAGAGAUUUUUAGAUUUUUGUAGUCUGCUUAGUUUUAAAAGUAUAUAGUUAAAAUGAGAGGCAAGUUUGAUGCUAUUCUUGCCAAACAAACUCAGCUAAAAUCUUUCAAGUAACAAAUGGGAAAAGGAUGACUAAUCGUUCUGCAUCUGAGUACAUUUUCCAAAAUGUUGGAAAGAAAUUUCUGAAUUGAAAUCUUGAAUGUAUUGAAUCUGUCAAGGUACACAGCAGUGCCUUUGUAAAUGUUCAUUAUCUAUCUUAUUUAAUCAGGUGAUAAGUGGUGUAAUGUAGCACAGAGCUUAACAAUAGGACUUAAUUAUCACUUUUUGUGAACAAUUUGGAAUUGUCAUGUUACUGUGUAAUUGAUUUGCUUUAAAAUGAACAAUAAAUUUAAUAAAAUAAAA